UAGUCUUCGGUUCACCUGCAGGAGGAGCUGUGGCUCGCCGCAGCCUCUCUGGAGCAGCAGAGAGAGAUCCCUCUUUUUCUCCUUCAGUGGCAUGAAUAAUAUCCCCAGUGCUGGAGAGAGAGCAUAUCAAGAGGCAAACGGGAAGGGGAGAGAGAUAGCAGGCAGUGUGACAGAUAAGAGCGUGGCACAACUUGUCUCCCUGACUGCACCGUGGGGCUGGGGAUAGAGAGCAAGUGCACCACCAGAGUGUCAGGCAAGGCUGCUGCCUGCACACACACAAACAAACACACUUAUACACAUACACACACACACACAGACCCCUCAGCCCGGCUGCAUCAGAAGAAGUUCACAGAGAAGACUGACCUCAAGAAGGUGGGUUGGUGGACGUUUUCGUCUGUGGAUUGACUCGAAUAUUAUGGCUUUCCUCAAACUGCGCCCUCUUGUCCUGUAGCGGAGUUGUGUGUUUCCCCUCUAGAAGAACUUGCCUCGUGUUUAUAGCCUGAGGGAGGAUGGACAAGCUGUCGGGGAAAGACAAGGAGCUGAUACGAGGCAGCUGGGAGAGCCUGGGCAAGAACAAAGUUCCUCACGGUGUCAUCAUGUUUUCCAGAUUGUUUGAGCUGGAACCUGCGCUCCUCACUCUUUUCCACUACGCUACAAACUGUGACACCACACAAGACUGCCUCUCCAGCCCCGAGUUCCUGGAACAUGUCACCAAGGUGAUGCUUGUUAUCGAUGCAGCAGUCAGCCACCUGGACGACCUUCACUCACUGGAGGACUUUCUGCUCAACCUUGGGAGGAAGCAUCAGGCAGUGGGAGUCAACACACAGUCAUUUGCUGUGGUGGGUGAGUCCCUUCUCUACAUGCUGCAAUGCAGUUUGGGCCAGGCCUACACGGCGCCGCUACGUCAAGCCUGGCUCAACAUGUACAGCAUCGUGGUAGCAGCCAUGAGCCGAGGAUGGGCCAAGAACGGGGAGGACAAGGCGGACUGAGGCACACAGCGGGAGCUGCUGAGCAGUCGCUGUCAAAUCACUCAACAUGGUUGCCAUGGAAUGAGGUUGUGUAACUUGCAGCAUUGUGGCUUUGGCUGUACAUUUGCUCAGUGAGUGGGGUUGCAUAGCGUAGCGAAUGUAUGGUGUGGUUACACUUUACAAUUGGUUCGACCGAUGGCAGGGUUUGUUUUCUUUGCUGUGGAAGUUUAGCUACCAGACAAUGCUGCUGUACAGCUUUGAGGAUCUGAGCUAGCCUGCUGUGGUUCUCCUGAGUCUGGCCCUGUAAUCUGAGUGCCUCGCACUGAGAGAAAGCAACAAGGACAACUGCUGAGUCUCUUUGUACAUAAUGGCUUUGAUAUAUCUACUCAAAUAACAGUGACUGUAGUGGUUUUUGUGAUGUAUCUUAAAAGAGUUGCACAAUUGUGACACAUUAGAUAUUAUGUUUAGGCAUCACACACUACUCAAACUGUGAUGGUUACUGUGACCAGCACGGCAGCUCUCUAUCUAACUGGAACACAGUGAUACUUUACAAAACAUGUUCAAAGUUUUGGGACAAAGCAAUGUGAUCUUACAGAAGAAAAUCCUAUCACCUUAAUCAUAAUCAUUACUGUGUUUUCUAUUUACUACAUUACACCUACCUUUGUGUGUGACUUUUAUCUAACAUUUAACCUAAUUCAAAUUUUACUCAAUAGAUACUGACAAGAACUGUUAUACUCUCUGAUAGCUUUCUAUGGAGAUCUGACUGUUAAGGCGUCCACGUGCACCUUACUCAACAUGGUGUGUGAUGCUCCCCUCAGUAGAGGUUGUGAUUUAUUUUUUUUAAUAGGCUUCAGCUGACUGUUAAACUUUAACUCAUAGACUGUUAUGUUAGCUUACUACUUUAGAGUAAAGGGCAUCUUUGAGGAGUUAUAACAUUUGUUCCUUGGCUAUCAGUUUAAAGGUCAUUGUUAGUGUAAAGUAGUUUUCUCGUACUGUAGUCGCUUAUCUCAGUUUGGGCUGGGCAAUAUAUCGAUAUUAUACUGAUAUCGUGAUAUGAGGCUAGACAACAUCUUAGAUUUUGGAUAUCGUAAUAUCGUAAGUGCUGCCUCUUUACUGGGUUUUAAAAGCUGCGUUACAGUUAAGUGAUGUAAUUUUCUGAAUUUAAAAGACUGUUCUAGCUGUUCUUUUAUUUGCCUUUUCCCAUUUUGUCAUUAUAUCCACAUUACUGAUGAUUAUUUAUCGUGUAAAUACUUUGUGAAAGCACCAACUCUACAAUAUCAAGAUAUUUGAAUUUGAAAAAUAGCAAAAUUAGAUUUUCUUCAUAUCGCCCAGCCCUGAUCUUAGUAAUGCUUAUUAACUGUAAUGUUGAGGCUACAAAUGUACCUCAGCUUUAGAGAUGAAGAUGAACAAAGUGUGUCUCCAGCACAGAGCUUCUACAUGACAGUAGAUAUUUAUUUUGGAUUAUGAAACAAAGACAAACUUUUACUUUAUUAACACAGAACAAAUAAUACAAAGAUACUACUGUGUGCUGACACCGUCCAAUAUGUGUGUGUUAUUAUUGCUGCCAUAACACUGUAUGUACCAUGCUCAGCUGUUAUUGACAUUCAUGAUCAUGAUGCCAAGUAACUUAGCAACAGUGCGCCAAGUAUUAGAUAAUAACACCAUACAACUGUAAAUCCAAGCUGCUGAUAUGUGGUUAUUAUCGCUUUAGUCUGAGUUUACAUUUAUAAAGUUUAUUUUUAUAUUCUGAAAUGUAUGUGUUGUUAAAGAGCAUUGAUUUUUUUUUCCUUUUAAAUCUGAUAGACGAUAUAUCCUCCAGAUAUUUUACCUUGUGUGAACCCAGACAGGGUUUUAUUUACUCAAAAAUAAUAGAAAUAUUAUCGACUUUUAAAUGUGCAUCCUUACAGAAAAUUAUAAAAGCAGAUUUCUUUUUUAUUACACUAUUUUAUCCCUGCGUAGUCUGUAUUUUACAGCUCAGAGAUGUAAUAUUUAACUGUGUAUGUGGUGUUAUUACAGUGAUUCUUUUCUUAGUAUCAGUACACAGACCUAUGCAGGUUGAUCUCCAUGUCUCUGUUUUCAAUUACCUGACAUUAGGUCUUUUUUAGCAGGCAUGACUGAUAACUGGCAUGUUAUCCCGUUAACAUCCAGCUCUGUAGAUACUGAGUGUGUCACUGUCUACCUCAUCAUUAUCAGCUGCUACUGAACAGCGAUGACUUCACCUAGUUAUCCUUCAACCAAAAAACGCACAGUACUAUUAUUAUUAGAGUUAAUGCAAGCACGCACUCUUUGUAAACUGGACUCCAUCUUUAAAAAAACAUGUCGUGUGCUUACUUGAGACUU